AUGAGAAUGAUGUGCCCAACUACGUUUCGAGCGAAGAUGUUGACGAAUAUGCUGCUUUUCGUAGCAUUUCUCGCAUCGCAGGUGUGCCGCGCGGAGAAGACUGCAGACGCAUUGCAGCUCACGAGGAAGGAGGGCCCUGUGGAGUUGCUGCGGCUGGAAAACAUGCGGUGGCAUGCCGCGUGGGGCGCAGGAAACGUUGGCGAAGAUGUUAGUGUCGAGACCCGUCACACGGGAUGGGACGAUUUCGGGGAGGUGCGCAUCACUGAUCCUGCGGGGGAGCGGAUGGUGACCGUAACGAUGCCACUGCAUUUUACGUCGCUUCUGUGCGAGGAGUCGCGGAAAAGUGUCGGCGGAUCCCUGCGCGGACGGUGCACGUUGCGACCCUCCCCCGCACUGUCGCAGAAUGAAUUCUUCUUUGAGUACCGCGUGACGCAAAAAGCCACAGAGGCCGGCGGAGGCGCGGUAACGGAGCCGCAAGUGUCUCAGACGUGCGGGCUCUACGAGGAAAACGCCCGUAGUGGCACCGAGUUGGAGGUUGGCACCGUCGUAUAUGAUGCGAAGAAGAACGUCGGUGAGGACCAAACUUUUGUCAUUUUAAUUUGGCUUAAGCCCACACGCGCCGCUCAGGAUCAGGUGGCGUGGCUGUCUGGUGCGCUGAGGCUCACGGGGGUGUCCAUGGAUGUGGAGGAGCGGCGCCAUUGGAUGCGACGGGCAGCAUCGACAGUUGCGGGGCGCUGGGGGUGUCCUCUGCUGGCCGUGCUGGUGUUGUAUGGCGCCCUCUGGACUCUAGAAAAAAUUGUCGCCCGCCGACACCCACAGUCUGCGAAGCCUAAGCAUGACUAG